GAUCAAUUAACUCCUCUCUUUGAAAUCCCAAAUUAGUUCCGACCCUUUUCAUUACUUGGAUGAAAGUUGGUCUCCAGAUAUUUCUGUUUGUCAUUGGAUAGGAGUCACUUGUGACUAUCGUCACCAGAGAGUGAAGUCCUUGAAUCUUUUCAACAUGACUCUUACAGGCAAGAUUCCCCGUGAUUUUGGAAACCUCACAUUUCUUGUUUCUCUUGACUUGGGAAGUAACAAUUUCCAUGGAAAUUUGCCUCAGGAAAUGGCACGCUUACGUCAGCUUCAGUUUCUUGAUUUAAGUUUGAACAAAUUCAAUGGGGAGGUUCCUUCUUGGUUUGGGUUUUUAGACCAACUUCAAGUUUUAAAUCUUGGAAAUAAUAGUUUCACUGGUUUCAUUCCCCCGUCACUCUCGAAUGCCUCAAGGUUGGAGACUUUAGAAAUAUCUGCCAAUUCACUUCAAGGAAACAUCCCGGAAGAGAUUGGGAAUCUUCACAACCUGAAAUGGUUGUCCAUACAACAUAAUCAGCUUACAGGUUCUAUACCAUUCACAAUAUUCAAUAUUUCUAGAAUCGAAGCCAUUGCAUUUACAAACAAUAGCUUAUCAGGAGAUCUUCCCAAAGGUUUAUGCAAUCGUCUCCCACUACUCAAAGGGCUUCAUCUAUCCGGAAACAAGCUUGAUGGUCAUAUGCCUACAAGCUUGUCAAAUUGUUCACAACUUCAAAUAUUGUCUCUAUCCGGAAAUGAGUUAGAUGGACGAAUACAUAGUGAAAUUGGAAGAUUGAGUAACUUGCAGAGAUUGUAUCUUGGAGCUAACCAUUUCACAGGGAUAAUUCCUCCAGCAAUAUCAAAUGCCUCAAAGUUGGAGACUUUAGUAAUAUCUGCCAAUUUACUUGAAGGAAACAUUCCGGAAGAGAUUGGCAAUCUUCAGAACCUGAAAUUGUUGCCCAUACAAGAUAAUAAGCUUACAG